CCUGUGUUUUGGUGAGGACAGCAUGGCGGCGGACGGCGCGGUGUGGCCGGAGCUGCAGCGGGCGGAGGAGGAGCGGCGGCGGGAGCUGGUGCUGCAGGGACCCGGGGUGGAUGAGCGGAUGGCGGGCAGCGGGGAGCCGCACCCCGCCCUGUACUCACUCACCGCCCUCAACUACCUGGAGAUCAGCCAGUGCCCGAGCCUGCGCUCCCUGCGGCCGGAGCUCCGGAGCCUGGCCCGGCUGCAGAGCCUGGUGCUGUGCCGGAACGGGCUGCGCUCGGUGCCCGGAAGCCUGGGCGAGCUGCCGGGGCUGCGGGUGCUGGAUCUGUCCGCUAACGCGCUGCGGGAGCUGCCGGCGGAGCUGAGCGGCCUGGCCGAGCUCACCACCCUCAACCUCAGCUGUAACCAGCUCACCCAGCUGCCCGGCGGCCUGAGCCGCUGCUCCAGACUCAGCUCCAUCAACAUCUCCAAAAACAGCCUGGAGGAGCUUCCAGAAGACCUGUACUCCCCCAGCCUGGAGCUCCUCAACACCAUCAUCGCCUCCGAGAACCAGAUCCAGCAGCUCAGCUCCUCCAUACACAACCUGCCCGCUCUCAAGGUUUUGGAUCUGUCCAACAAUAAGCUGCAGGAGAUCCCGUACGAGCUGGCCGACUGUUCCAAACUGAAGGAGAUUAAUUUUAAGGGGAAUAAGCUGAAGGAUAAGCGGCUGGAGAAGAUGGUGAACGGCUGCCAGGCGAAGUCUGUGCUGGAGUACCUGAGGGUCGGGGGUCGGGGGAAGUGGAAGCAGGAGAGCGCUGAGAAGAGCGAUACGAAUCGGCCGGCCUCCAAGAAGAAGAGUGGGAAGAAGGGGAGGAAGGAGAGGGAGGAAGAGGAGGAGGUGGAUGAGCUGAAGCAGAUGGUGGUGCGGAUUCUGCACAUAUCUGAUUCCCCGGUGACGGUGACGGUCUCUCCGCUGGUGAAGGACGUGAGGCCGUUUAUCGUGUGCUGCAUCGUGAAGGGUAUGAACCUCCAUCCGGGAAAUGCACUCAAGAGGUUCCUCGCUGCUCAGACUAAGCUUCAUGAUGACGUUUGUGCCAAAAGGACAACAGCUACCAUCGCUACACACGACCUGAGCUUACUGAAAGCCCCGCUGCAGUACGACGCCAGACCUCCUGAUGCUCUCAGGAUAGUUCCUCUGGGUCGUAAGGAGAUGAAGGCUGUGGAUCUGUUGCGGAUGUUGCAGCAGGAAGCGGAUGAACAGAGGAAACAGAAGAAGCGACAGAAUGUAUCGGGGCUCCACAAGUAUCUUCAGCUGCUGGAUGGGAAGGAUCGUUACCCCUGCCUGGUUGAUGCUGACGGCCAUGUGAUCUCAUUCCCUCCCAUUACCAACAGCGAGAGGACAAAGAUCAGAAAGACCACACGUGAGCUGUUCCUUGAGGUCACAAGUUCUACGAGUCUGCAGACCUGUAAGGAUGUCAUGGACAUGCUGAUCAUAAAAAUGGCGGAGCUUAAUAAGUUUACCUUUGAUCAUAAGGAGGAGGAGGCGGGCUCAGACGGCGAGAAUGACGCGACUUCUGACCCCUCGGUGAAUAGCUCCGCCUCUCCCGAGCUGAGCGUGCUGCAGGUGAGGGUGGUGGAUGCUGAGGGGAACCUGAAGGUGGUUUACCCGUCCAAAACCGACCUGACCUCCGACACCAGCCAUCUGAACAUCAUCCGAUAACCCCGUCUGAUACAGGCCUGUCAUAAAUAAAUAAAUAAACACUCUGUUUACGCUGUCAGUAACUCUCACUGUUUAUAUCCUCGGUUAAAUUAUAUACUGGGUUUAAACUUACACAUAAAACAUGAUUCUUUUUUUUAAUGAUGUUUACAAAUAUUAUUUAAUGCCAUAAUUCACGCUGUUUAUUACAAAUGUAAUAAAUGAAGAGUUAAUGUGUUAGCACUAAGAUGUGUAAAGUAUAAAAAGUACUUUUUUUAAAAAGUAUUGCUCAGCACUUAAUCUCUGUUUAUUAAAAUAAUGAGAUUUUGGAAAAGA